AGCCUCCUCGUCAGGAUCUCAAGGCCAGCCGCCGCCGCCCGGUCUUUCCAGGGAUGGCGACGCCUCGGAGACCUGCGGGCACCCUGGGCCUCGGCAGGGGCGCGCCCGGCAGCGACGGCGAGCCUCGCGGGCCCGCGGCCGUCGGCCGCGCGGGCGCAGCGGCCUGCGCCUGGGACCCCUCGGGGCGCAUGACGGACCCGGGGCCGGGCACGUUCCAGCGGCCGCUCGCGGGCAGGGCCGGCGACGAGUGGAAGGGGCAUGCUGUCGAGCGGAGGUCGGCCGGUGUCGAGGCCGAGCGGCGCAGGUCCGUCAUGGACGCCAUGCUGGGCAGGAAGCGGCCCGCCGAGAGCGACGACGGCCAGCCCCAGCUUGCGCCUCUGGCCUCGGCAUCCGCGAGAGGUCCGCGGGCGCCCUGCUUCGACGUCGCGGACGUGGACUUCUGCGGCGAGGCGCGGACCUCCCGCAGCAGGAGGGCAGCGCCGCUCCUGCCGUCUCUCGGCGUGCCCUCCGGGCGGGCCGCGAGCAACGCGGUGUCUGGCAGCAGUUCGGCGCGCGUGGGCGGCCGCGCGGGCAUCAGGGAGGACCAGGACGGGGAGGCCGUGAUGUCCAUGCCUCUGGGGCGGUUCAGCUCCUCCGCGGGUGCCCAGUCGAUGCCAGUCGGCGGCCGGCUGCGCAGGCCCCAGGUGCGGCGUCUCAGAGGGCUGGCGGAGGCGCGCAGUGGUGCUGGAGUCACGGAGGGGCGUGCGCCUGGGGCCGAGGCCGACAGGCCGUCGAGGCGGUCCCUCAACUCCUCCAAGUCCUCGUUCGCGAGCCCGCGCCUGACCGCGGCCACGGUCCACAGCGGCAGCGCGACCAGCGGGGACGAGGCGGGGGGCGCGGACCACGACGGGGUCGUUUCGCAGAGCUGGCCUGUCCGGAGGGCGUCGGCAUCUCCCGAGGCUGGCGCGUCACCGCAGGCGUCCUCCUCCUCUCUCGGUCGGUCCGUCGACGUCCCGAUGGAGAGGCUGAGCACGGUCUCGGACACGCUGCUGCAGGCCCCGGGCUGGAGCAGGCCAAGGGUCGUAUCGGGAGGGAGCGGGCCAGGGGCUUCGCACCAGGCUCCGCCAGGCGUUGACAUCGAAGAUCAGCUGUUGAACUCCAGGGCCAGCAUGCUGGAGCGCUUCAUCAGCGGCGGGAGCAACACCUCGGGAGACCAGGCGCUGGACGAGAUCGUGCACGCCAGCUCGCAGACUUUCAUCUCCGGCGUCAGCACCCUCCGAGAGCGAGUUCAAACACUGAGGCGUGCGUCCAGACAAUUCGAGGAGGAGCUGCAGGCUGUGAGCAAGGCUGAUCGCCUGAAACAGCAGUUUCGGGCAAAGCUUCGCGCUACCUCAGAGACGGCACAGGACUCUGACGAAGAUAGUUGGCCAACUGACAGCGAGAAAGACGACAGCGACAGCGACUGGGGGCCUUUGAGGGUGAACGCGAGGGGCUUGUAGUUAAGCACUGCACUCUAUGAAGUUGGCAGUGGGCUACAAUGUGGUCACAUUGCCACGAAUCAUUAUCCAACUCAAUAACACACCCGUCGCAACACAUGAUCGGAGUGUGUGAACACUCCGCGGCAUAUGGAUGACUUCUACGCUGUGCAGGACACGGAGCCCAAGGCGGAUCGAUAUGAUACGCCCUGCUUGUGCGACAGAGCUACGGGGGGAAUCGGGAGGGGAAACAAACAAAUCAAUGGGUACUGGAGGGGCACGGUUGCAAUCUGUGCAGUCGCUGCCGUGGGACCGGCUUUUGCCGUCUGAGACCCACAGGCGAAACCAGGAGGCGGAAGUGGAGGUGGAGGUGGAGGAUGUCCAGCCAUGCUGGGCCCAGACUCUGGGCUGCGAGGGCAGCAUCGCACAAGGCUGUUUCACAUCAUAGUAGGACUUCUGGAGGUUUUGCUCCUGAGGUGAGAGGACUGACCAUUCUUUUCAAGCUGGUUCAAGGCCGACUUCCCAGACCUCGAGGCGUCGGGAUA